AUGAAAAGUUCAAGAACACAAAAAGAAAAUCAAGAGCACGGCCUUCAAGGUCUGCUUGCUUCACAGGAGCAACUGCAGCUCCAUCCUUGUUGCACUCUCUACGUUUUACAGUUUUUACAGCUUAGGAUUACAACAAGAACAACUACAACUCGUGUCUUCAAGAUUUACAUUUACAACUCGUACUCAACUCUUCCAGUUACUUUCUAGUCCAGUUUGAAUCAAAACUUUUACGCAGAUUACAGUUACAGCAGCAAGAUUUUCUAAUCCAAGAUUUUUAUCAAAAUAGGAAUCGACAGAUGGGAUAGCGAUAGUCCUCGACGUGAUCAGCUAAUGUGCUGAAGAUGCUUCGGAACGAAAAUCUUCCUGAAUGAACUUGUAUCUCCAAAAAUCCCAAGAAUCGAAAAUC